AAGCGCGAUUGCCCGUAAAGUGUGCAUAUGUGUGCGUGUAUAUGUACACAAAUUGACUGCCAAGUGUUCACCUUACACAACGUUUCUCGUUCUCGUACACAACACGUACGAUAGAUUGACAGUAUUUUCGUAAGCGCACAGCUGUCAAUUUGUCAUGUGAAAUCGUAACGGCGUAAAGACGACGGAUCUCACUCUUCGGAUCGUCUCUUCUUUCAACGGAUUAUAAAGAUGGCAUUGAUAGGAUUAAACAUUUGAAUACAUUAGAUAUUGCCCAAGGGCAAGCAAAAUUUUCAGUACUACAGUAAUGUAUGCACAAAUAUUAAUAAUCUACAGAAGAAAAAUUGGAUUUAAAUAUUGGAAGAUGUCUGUAAUGGACAUUUGUGCACAAGAGGAAUAAACUGAUAGAUGAAUAAUUGAAUAAAUUGUGAGAAAAAUAAGACACAGAAAAGCAGAUUUAUGCGUUUGCAGUUGUAUCUUUACUGAAUAUUAUGUCGGGCACUGGACCAAUCAUAUCGCAAACUAUUGCUCGUCUACCAGAGAAGGAGCAUGAAUCUAUCUCGAUUGUAGAUUACUCCAGUGUCAGGGGAAAGAAUGUCUUGGUCAGUCCAUCCGAGGAUCAGUAUGAACUAUUGCUAAGAAGAUUGAAAGAAAGGAUUCAGGAUGGAGGCAGCGAGACAAUCUUUGAGAUUGGUGUUGCUGAAGAUGGAACUGAAGGUGGAUUAAAGGAAGACGAGUAUGAUGCAUCAGUUGCUACUUUACAAUCCCUUGCUGCAACAUUGGAAGCAGAUUGUGUACUUUUACGCCAAAUUAAAGCAGAUCACGGACUUACGGGACAAUAUCUAGUGAGGAGACGUCUAGAUCGACAAGAUUUCUUAGAGAUCAGGGUUGCUGUUGUUGGUAAUGUGGAUGCUGGUAAAUCGACGCUAUUGGGAGUACUGACUCAUGGCGAACUUGACAAUGGACGAGGCCUGGCACGUCAAAAGUUAUUCCGUCAUAAGCACGAGGCUGAAACUGGCCGGACCAGCUCAGUUGGAAAUGACAUACUCGGAUUUGAUAGCGUCGGUAAUGUAGUUAAUAAACCUGAGCAUGGAUCGCUAGAUUGGGUGAAAAUAUGUGAGAAAUCCUCUAAAGUAAUAACGUUCAUCGAUCUUGCCGGACAUGAGAGAUACUUAAAAACAACUGUCUUCGGAAUGACGGGACACGCUCCAGACUUUGGUAUGUUAAUGAUUGGAGCGAAUGCCGGUAUUGUGGGAAUGACUAAGGAACAUUUGGGCCUUGCUUUAGCGUUGUCUGUACCGGUAUUCGUCGUCGUGACAAAAAUCGACAUGUGCCCACCGAAUGUCCUGCAGGAAAAUUUGAAGUUGUUGAUAAGAAUUCUGAAAUCUCCUGGCUGUAGAAAAGUCCCGGUUACAGUUAAGACACCUGAUGAUGUAGUAAUUAGCGCCACGAAUUUUGUUUCAGAACGAUUGUGUCCAAUUUUUCAAGUAUCUAACGUGUCCGGUGAAAAUUUAAAUCUUCUCAAGAUGUUUCUCAACUUGCUGACUGCAAGGAUUACUAGUCACGAUGAUGAACCUGCAGAAUUUCAAAUCGACGAUACAUACUCUGUACCGGGAGUCGGUACAGUGGUAUCUGGUACAACUUUGAAAGGUAUUAUAAAGUUAAACGAUACCUUACUAUUAGGGCCCGAUCCGUUGGGUCGGUUCACGCCUAUAACUGUCAAAAGUAUCCACCGAAAGAGGAUGCCGGUUCGCGAAGUCAGGGGCGGACAGACUGCUAGUUUCGCCCUGAAGAAGAUUAAACGAUCACAUAUUCGCAAGGGAAUGGUAAUGGUCGCACCCGCACUCAAUCCACAGGCUAGUUGGGAAUUCGAAGGUGAAAUUUUAGUGUUACAUCAUCCUACAACAAUCAGUUCACGCUAUCAGGCAAUGGUACAUUGUGGCAGCAUAAGGCAAACUGCUUCUAUAUUAUCCAUGUCCCAGGAUUGUUUGAGAACGGGUGACAAAGCCCUAGUGCAUUUUAGGUUUAUCAAACACCCUGAGUAUAUAAAACCUGGACAAAGAAUGGUAUUUAGAGAAGGUCGUACUAAAGCAGUAGGAAAUGUAGUGAAACUUAUACCGCAUUCAAAUAAUACUACUAUGCAAACAUCGAGAAUUAAUAAGCCGAACAAAGCAUCGCAAGCUCGACAAAACACAAAUAUACAGGCUUUAGAAAUAACCGAAACUGACUCGAUUAUCGAGGAACAAACGGCCAAACAAGAAAAUAUGCCGCAAAAAUCUGGUUUAAAUCAGAGUAAGAAAAGUAGAGGUCGAAGAGGAGGAAGAUCUCAUGCAAUCAACAGUAUUCAGCCUUUAACAGAACAAAACCCUCCUGCAAAAUUGUAAGAGCUGUUAAUGUACAAAAUAAUGUAUUAUUAGUAUGCUCUUAAAACUUUCUUUUAUGUACAAGUUUCUUAAGGGAUAGUGCACAAUGUACCAUUUUCAUUUUAUGUUGUGGAUUAUCCUUCACCUAAAAUUUUUUUUUCUCUAAAAAAAAGAAAAAAAUAUACUCUACUAAAGUUAUUAAUAUAUAUUUUACAGUACAUGUAAUAAAUUUAUUAGACAAAUAAUUUCACGCGUCUCAACUAUUAAUCGUGUUUUCAAAAAUAUUCUUUUAACAAAAUAAUAAGUCGGUACUUAUAGAUCGUAUUAUUUUUGUAAGAGACACGUAGAUAAAAUCAGUAUCAGAAAAUACACACACUGUGUCUUUCAUCUCUAUGAUAUAAAUAUAUGCAAUAUGUACAGGGAUGUACAUUUGUAUAAGAGAAUGCGAAUACGAUCCCUUUUUCAAUGCCUUCAUAUUUUGAUGAUAAAAUUUGACAUAUUGAUGUUGUAUUUCUCAUUAUGACAGUACAUACUUAUAUCUAUAUUUAUCUACAUUGUAUAAAAAUUCAUGUAUAUAUAUACGUAUAUAUAUAUAUAUAUAUAUAUAUAUAUAUAUAUAUAUAUAUCUCAUCUUUUAUUACUUGUUCAUCUUUAAAAUAUAUCUCGCAAAAAAAUUUGAAACACAAUGACUGAGUGCAUAAUAAUAAUAAUAUUAUUAUUAAUUAUUAUUUUUAUUAAUUGGAAUAUGGAAAAGUUUUCAUGAAAAUUAAUACAGAAUCUUUUUGAAUCUUUUUUUUUGCGCUGAUAUUUUAGAUAUUUUUGUCAUAAAAAAAAGUUAUCUGCAAUAGUCUUUCUAUUGUUAUCAUUAGUUGUCAUGAUCACAUUAUUAAAAUAAUAUUCUGUAAAGAACGAUGUCGCUCAAAAUAUCGAAUAAAGAAGAACGCAAAGGAGAA